AUGAUUGGUGCGCUCCACGGACAUGCACACAACUGCAAAUGCCAACUGGUCUGGCAUCCAAUGUAUAUUCCAGGCACUGGACAUACUGAGGGCGAAGGGUGUGAGCACAUAUUUUCCUCGUCAAAUGAGCUUGCAUGUGGCACUAGGCAUGCAAACCCAUUCCAUCAGCAUCAGACCAUUGAAGAACACUUUACCUUGUGGGAUGCAGACAAGUAUGCUGUGCUUUCUAAUUUUUUGCUGAAUCAUUAUCGUGAAGCAACGAAACAAGCCAGCAUGCUCACAGCCAAACUAGGCAUCAUUCAAUCUGAGCUCAGCCUUGCUGAUGCUGACUUCCCUUGUUUCCUCAAGGAAGAACAUGAUUACCUCAAUGGUUUGAAGCAACCACCUGAAAAAGAUCGCCUCUCAGUAGCUGAUUGGGACUUAGCGCACAAAGCUGCCAACAAUUCUCUCACCACAAUUACUGCUGGUAACUUAGAGCAGAUGAACACUGCGCUCGCACAAGCUCACAUUCAGGUGGAUUCUUCAUAUGCCAAAUUACAGCAUGCUGAAGCAUUGGUUGUGCAUGUAGAAACUCUCUUAGCUGAGUACAACCAUUUCAAGGAGGAAGUAGCUUUGAGCAAGUAUCACAGCGUGCUAGAUGACCUGGAGCACCUGGUUGUCAUGAGGUUAUUUGAGCUUUUGAAGUUGUCCUUGUCCAGCACAGGUGCUUGUUUAUUGUUGAUCACUAAUUAA